AGAAGUUAAAAGUAGUGACUCUGAAACUUAAAUCGAGUAUAUUCAGUCAUGGCAGCUACUUCCUCUUAUAUGGCUUCAAUGAAGUUUUCCAUGACAGGAUGGAUUGGAGGGAGAAGGGAAGUGAGAAAGAGAGGUGCCUUUUCAAUCUCAGCUCAACAGGAAGCAGCACCAGUCCAGGAAUCACAGCAAGAGACGACUGUAAAAGAAGAAAAACCACCAACAAAACAACCAACAAAACUAAGACCAGUGGAACCACAAGUGAAUGUAAAGAGCAAGAACAUGAGCAGGGAAUAUGGAGGUCAGUGGCUGAGCAGCGUCACACGCCAUGUGAGGAUCUACGCUGCAUAUAUCGAUCCUGUUACAUGCGAGUUUGAUCAAACCCAGAUGGAUAAGCUCACUAUUAUCCUUGAUCCUUCCGAUGAGUUUGUCUGGACUGGUGAAACUUGCAAUAUGGUUUAUUCUUAUUUCCAAGAGCUCGUGGAUCAUUACGCGGGUGCGCCGCUAACGGAAUACACACUUCGUCUGAUCGGUUCAGACAUAGAACAUUACAUAAGGAAGCUGUUAUAUGACGGAGUUAUUAAGUACAACAUGGAUGCAAGGGUACUGAACUUCAGCAUGGGCAAGCCACGCAUCCAGUUCAAUAACAACAACGAUAUCCCGUCUCAAAAUGUGUAGUGAUAGAUGAAAUCGUGUGCGUUCAGAUUCAGAUUAAUGAAAAAGUACCAUGAAUCUCACAUAUCUGACUUGAUCAUCAGAGUUUCCCUUACUGACACUACAUCGAUGUUAAAUUUCACGAUCUAUGUUAAGUGUGAUCUUUGUUGG